UGCCUUCGCUAGCAGAUCAUCAUUCAGUUGAGGAUCUCCAGUCGUGCAGUACAUCCAAACAGUAGGCAGACAUGAAGGCGUUCAUUGUGUUCUCUAUGGCCCUGGCUCUUGCCAGCGCGGCGGCAGUCGACGAUUCCAAGAAGGAAAAGCGCGGACUGUGGGAGCUGGGAUCGUCCCAACAGGAAUCGUACGAGACGUACGGCUAUGACCACCAGCAGUCUCACGGAUACUAUGGCAACGACUACUCUGAGAAGGAAGUGAAGCAGAUCAUCACCAAGAAGGUCCCCGUUCCGUACCCAGUUGAGGUCGAAAAGCACGUCCCAGUCGAGGUGAAGGUCCCGUACCCAGUUGAGGUUGAGAAGAAGGUCCCGGUGUACGUCGAGAAGAAGGUCCCAGUGUACGUGGAGAAGAAGGUCCCAGUCCACGUUGACCGCCCGUACCCAGUGGAAGUGAAGGUCCCAGUCCAUGUCCCCGUCUACAAGAAGGAAUACGUCGAGGUCCCGAAGCCAUACGCAGUUCAUGUCGAUAAGCCCUACCCAGUGUACGUGAAGCAGCCAGUGUACAUCGAGAAGCAGGUUCCAGUGACGGUGCACAUCAAGGAACACCAGAAGAAGCCAUUCUGGGGUUAAAGGGCUACUUGUGAGAUGUAAUUUACUGGUAGAAUAAAGAUCCAACACUGAUCCUCAAAUAACUGUGUAGUUUCCGACUUUAUUGUUAAUGUUGCUUCGUAAGCUAUUUCCACUUCAUAGUUUUUUUGCUUGUAAGACUACCUGUUUGUUGAGACAGUCUUUUUACUGUUGGAACCUGUAUGGACUUCCAUCUCGAUUGUUCCUGCAGAGCAAUAACUAGCCCUCCUGUUGGGUGGCGUAAAUAAGUCUUUUUUAAUUUUUUACUUUUUAUAUGUCUGGUGUACAGUUUUCUUGGUUGUUGAUUUCAGCUUGUUUUGUGUUUGUGGCGUUUGAAGUUUUGUGACGUAAAAAGUUAUAAUCUGAGAUGGAAAAUGUACAAUAUACUUUAUCGACGGGAUGGAAUAUUUUGAUAUUAUACCAAAUCCAUUAUUUGAAAAUAUGGCUUAAAGCAGGGAUAAUUAAAAAUAAAUGAAAUAAAAUAAAUAAUAAAUAAAUCGAACCUUUAUGUUUAGCUGCUGAGACGAAUUAUACAGGGAUUUACUUACCAAAUAAGUACAUUUAUGGUUUAAGUAUGAAUGAGAACCGUGGCCUUUCGCUGAGCCGUUAGUUUUGCCUAUGAACGGGACACGGCUGAGAAUUGAACCCAAUUUUAUGAGGGUAUCUAAUAGCAGAGUUUUAAUGCUAAUGAUGAUUUCUAUUGCAUGAAAGAAAUAAAACAAUAUUGUUGCAAAUCCCAUAAACUCUUGACUAUUGUUGUUGUAUUCUAAUUGAACGGU